GUGACCAACGGCUGGAUGAGAGGGAUGGACGGAGACGAGCAACGUUCCAGAGGUGAAGUGUCAAAGCUUAAUGUGGACCCUGAAGACUCUGUGGACCCUGAAGACUCUGAGGACCCUGUGGACCCUGUGGACUCUGUGGACCCUGUGGACCCUGUGGACCCUGAAGACUCUGUGGACCCUGUGGACCCUGAAGACUCUGUGGACCCUGUGGACCCUGAAGACUCUGUGGACCCUGUGGACCCUGUGGACCCUGAAGACUCUGUGGACCCUGAAGACUCUGAGGACCCUGUGGACCCUGAAGACUCUGAGGACCCUAUGGACCCUGUGGACUCUGUGAACACUGAAGACUGCUGACCCUGAAGACCCUGUGGACCCUGAAGACUCUGUGGACCCUGUGGACCCUGAAGACUCCGUGGACCCUUUAGAGGACUAAAUAUAAAGUCUUUUGUUGAGUUAAAUAAAACGAGGUCUGAGGACAACCCGUCCCAGGUCUAGGAGGUCCUGCAGAGUCCUGGACAUGUCUCCACAGGUCCUACAGAAUAAAUCAGGUAAACAGGUGGGUCAUUGUAGUCUGCAGCAGUGGGUUGUGGGUCUGAGGAGGUUCUGGUUCUGGGACAGGUCUGGACCUGCAGGAUCAGCAGCAGAUGUUUGGAAACCCCCGACUCAUGGCUGACGUCAGACCAUCAGGCCCAGAUCAAAGGUUCUGACGGGUCAUUUAGAAGAAAGAGGAGAACUGCUUUCAGAUAAAAAACAAAACAUCUGGUCCUGGUCCUGGUCCUGGUCCUGGUUCUAUAAAUACCUG